AUGCUUCGGGUAGGUAUCAAAAGAAUCUUAGGGUCUCCUAAGGGAUACUUUUUCAACAGCAAUGUAUCAAUUUUGCAUAAAGUGAAUAGGGAAGUUUCUAGUUCGCCACUUCCAAGAGUUGAUAAACGUUCGUUUACUAAUAUUCAAAUAUUAAAGUCGUCAUUUGGGCCAGAUUUUUUUAACAAGUGCAGAACAACGUUCGUUAAUAAGAAGUAUAUAAUACAGCAAUCCAGAUCAUUUCGGCGAAAUAAUGUAUGGUCAAACUAUAAUAGCUUUUAUGGGAGAUCAAACUGGAAUAAAUUAAAGGGCCCUGCAUUGUUCGCAGUUUUGUUUUGUGUUGGAACUUCUGUUGCAGUACCCUAUGUUGUGAAUAAUACUCCAUUAAGAAGGAACCCAAUGGUUCUAGUUUAUUCUUUAAUUGCUAUCAAUGGUGCUGUCUUUCUCAUGUGGAGAGUUCCCCAAUUUUCGAGGGUUUUAACCAGAUAUGGCUUGCUUGUUAAAAAUGAUGUGUACUCAAAUUGGUCAUUGUUAACGGCAGCCUUCUCCCAUCAAAGCUUUGCUCAUUUGUUUGUUAAUAUGUUUGUGCUUCAAUCCUUUGGAACAACGUUGUGCGCCGUAGUCGGUGCAUCGAAUUUUCUUAUUAUGUAUCUCAAUUCUGCUGUCAUUGCAUCCUUUUUUUCAAUGGCAAUUCCAACUUUGUUGAGAUCUUCAAUGUCUGUUGCUUCACUAGGUGCGUCGGGAGCUAUAUUCAGUGUAGUGGGGACAUUUUCUUACUUGUUCCCAAAAGCUCCAGUUGCAUUAUUUUUUAUUCCUAUUCCAGGUGGUGCAUGGAUCUUAUUUUUGGGCACAGUAGUAUACAAUUUAGCAGGAACAUUCUUGAGGUGGGGUAGAUAUGAUUACGCUGCUCAUAUUGGAGGUUCAAUUGCUGGUAUCGCUUAUGGAUGGUGGUUCAAGAAGAAAAGAGAUGAGAACCUCAAAAAGCGAAGACUAGCUUAUUUUUAG